AUGGCAGAAGCAUUUAUAGGUCUGGAUGUUCAUGUGGUUCUUAGUGACAACUCUUGGGUAGAGGGAACUGUUUCACAUAUUAAUCAAGAUACUCAGUUACUAACCCUGAAAAAUGUUACUUAUAAUUUGAAUGGUCAUACUCUUCAGCAAGCGAUUUAUGGCGUUGCUGGAGCAAAUAUCAAAGAUCUAUCUAUCCUUCCAACAACAAGGACCUCAAAACCACCACCAUCACAAAUAUCUGCACACACUUCUGAAUUAAAAAACUAUGCUGAAACUAAAAAACUUAGUAAUGGUGUAGAAAUCAUACAAAUUAAUAAUUCAAAUCCUCUUACGGCCCAAAAUAAUGGGCAAUCGAGCAAAGCGUUACCAAGAUCACCGUUUUCAGAUCCAGCCAUUAUAUCGUUUCUGUCAACUGGUUUCGGUUCAAUAGUUUUCUCAUCUACCCACCAAAUCAACAUAUUCAUCAACUCCGUAUGUCCAUCAACCAAGCAAUUAUUAUUAUCAAAGGACGAGCAGCGAUCAAAUGAAAUAUUACCAGACAAUAAUUACGAUGUUGUUCAAUCUGUGAAGACAGGAUCAACAGGCGAUAGUGAAUCCAAAUUGGAUGAAGAAGAUGAGCGAGAUAGUCUUAAACAGUACAGUAUAAACUCCAAACAGCACUUAUCAAAUGGAAAUCACCAAAACGGAAGAGAGUCGAGUGGAUUUGAAUCUGAUGGGACAACGCCUAAUCAUAAAAAGGCCUCUAAAAAAAAGCAAUCUAAUAAUGUGAAUGGCUAUUAUCACAAUUCACGCGAAUCGCCAGCUCGAAAAAAUGGUCGACGUCGUCGUCAUCAGAUUCAACAUGAAUGGGCAGGUGAAGAUGUAAAUGAAUUUAAGUCGGAAGAAUUUGAUUUUCAAGGCAAUUUAGACUUAUUUGAUAAAGAAAAAGUUUUCGCCGAAAUUAGAGAAUUAGAUUCUACUGCCCCAGAGAGCCUUUUAGUAAAUAUUAAUCGGAAUCCAAAUUACAAUAAUCGUAAUGGUCGUUAUUCAGCGCAAGCGCAACAACAAAAGCUCGCAUCACACGAGAAUGUACUUGAGCCUUCGAAUCGUAAAACCAAUUUUUAUCAUACCGACGAAGAGGAUGAAACCGCCAAUGAUGGCGAGGUAGAUUCUGAUGAUUCUUGGAGGAAAAAAAAUAGCAUAAAUGGCACUGUACCUCAUAGAAACGCACGGAUAAGGACACUUACUGGUGUUUUAUGCCCAACUGUCCAACCCGUGCAGAUGGUUGAGGUUGAGAGAAUAGCAACUACUGAAACAGGCCCAAAUGAAGAUCAAAUGAUUGAAAAUGCUGGACGUGGCACUGCUAUGAUGUGCCUACAAGCAUUAGGUGGUUCUCGACGUAUACAACCACAAAAUCAUAAUGCAGCACCUCUCGUAGUGAUACUUGCUGGGAAUAACAAAACCGGUGCAUACGGUAUUGCAGCCGCACGGCAUUUAGCAAAUCAUGGUUGCCAUGUCAUCACUUGUGUGGUUGGAAAAGAAAGAGACUUACUUAAGAUUGUCGUAUUAGAACUUCCACAUCAAUUUACAAAUCCCGUGGACUUGAUUGUGGACGCUUUGCUGGGCUACCAAUUCACGCUCCGUGAUGUUCCAGAGGAACAUGAAAGACGAUUAAUUUGCGAGUUGAUGGAAUGGGCAAAUGUCAAUAAAGCGCCCGUGUUAAGUUUAGAUAUGCCGAGUGGUGUCAAUGGCAAUACUGGUAAUCCUAGCAAUACAGCACAUUACAUUCAUCCAAAAUGGACGCUUUGUCUUGGUGCACCAAAAGCUGGUUGCAAAUCGCGUUCAGUGACUGGCGAGCUUUUUCUAGCUGAUAUUGGCAUUCCACGUAUUUGUUGGAAGAAAAUCGGAGUGAAAGGCUGGGGCAUGCCUUGGGGCAGCGAGUAUCUAAUUGGUCUGGAAAGUAAUACAUUAUACGCGAUUCAAUUGCGCAAGGCAGAAGUAGAAAUUUCUCGUCUCUCCAUCGAAAAUAUCGAGUUGAGAGCAACGAUCGCACAGUUGAAUGACCAAAUUGAUAAAUUGCAGUGCGAUAAACAGAAUCCUGCCAAAAGUGGUCAAAUAGCGGAUAUUAUCAAUCAACUUCGUACCGCCGCAGAUUCUUUAAAUUCUCUGGGAUCUCGAGCUAAUUCAAUAGCUUAUCAAUGCAUAACUCCGGCGGAAUUAGACUCAUGGGCUGAAAAAAUACCAGAUAGAAAAAAACCACUGAAACAAUAUCGUACAUUAACGAAUAAAUUAUCAACAAUUGAAGAUGAACCAGAGGAAACAUCUUUCUCAAAAGAGGAUCUCAUAGUGGACAUAGAUCUUUUAAAUAAUCAUGCUAAUAUCCUUGACGACGAAUCUCGAGCAUUUCAACGUAAUUCGAUACUGCGACGAAAUACUUUCCAAUCUCGACGCAAACCUUCGCCUCCAUUUAUUCCUAACGAGAUGAACUCCUAUCAGGUCAAUUUAAAUACGCCCAUCCAGUAUUCUCAACAAUUCGAAUAUAACACUUCACCUCGCCUAUCAUCAAUUCAACAAUUCAAACAAUUCCAAGAUUCUGCUCGUCGUCACCAAUCACUUCAUGAUCAAGCAGAUUCCCCUGAAUUGACUGAAUCGACCUCUAUGGAAUCUAAUAAUUCGCCCUCUUUAUUUUCUCAAUCAGAAUCAGCGACUAAAAAUAUAAAUAUGGCAAGGAAACCCUUAAAAAUUGCUACAAAUUCAUACAUAAGACAAGAAUCAAUAAUUAAUAAUGCUAGCGUCAGUAACAACUUGAUAAGAAAAUCUACGGAGACGAUGGAAGAUUCGCGUGGUACGACAAAAAAGACUGAGGAGAAAUCAAAUUUAACAGAUUCAAACAUUGGGACAUCGGUUUCAGUCAGCGAUAACGAACCGAUUCGUUCGAGAAGAAAAACACAAGUCAGCUAUGUUGAGCCUAGUCUUCGCAGUAAAUUACGUCAAGGUGACCCUUUCACGAGUUCAUUUGGAUGGACGGAAUCAAACUCCAAUAAGAGGAGUACUCGAUCCAAACCUAAGAAACACAACACAGCAACAAAGCAUCGCACCGCACUCUCAAACAUCACAAAUUGUAACUCAUUUUCGUUUCAGCUAUUGAGUAAAUAUCUGCGGUUAAUUUUACUCAACUAA